AUGAUUAUCAGAAAAGAUUGUGCUGAUUGGCCUCAAAUGCAAUUUCAGUUAGCAUGUGCUUAUGCCAUUCAUCAUUUAUUGAAUGAAAGAAAUUUUGAUCGUAUCAGAUUGAAAGCAUUUGCGAAAAAAUUAUCCGGACAUUGUUUGUAUGAUUUUUGGUUUACAUUACUUGAAAAUACUCAUGCAUGGGGAAAAAUGUUCAGUUCUGAUAAUUUAGCACCACAACAAACAUUAUCAUUAGCUUUUCAAUUUGCUAUUGUACAUGGUUAUUUUGAACUUGUUACCUUUAUUUGGAAUAAUAUUACGGAUCCACAACGAGAAUUUAUUGGAUUACUGCAAUGGCGAAAAAUAUGUUUUAAAGCGAAAGAUCGUGAAGUAUUACAUUUCCUAUGUGAACGACUUUGUACAAUCAAUGCAACGGGUCUGGCUCGAAUUACCUGGAAUACUUUUUAUCAAACACUUCAAAGUUCACUUCAGGAAGAUAGCAUAGGAUUUCGUGAGGAUGGUAUGCAUAAAUUAGCAUUCCUCUUGGAGAAUACGUGUCCACGUCUUCGUAGUGCAAUGCUUUCCAUGGAAAAUUUCAGAGCAAUAACAGAUGCAUUCGUUUACAAUCAAUCGGAGCUUUUUGCUCUCUUUUUAAACUAUCUUGAACCGGAACAAUUACAACUUACACGUGAGUACAUUGAUCGUAUUUAUGAUCGGAAAAAAAGUGAAACAUCACGUAAAGAACUCCGAAUAUUGUUACGUCGACAACAAACUUUAGCAUAGGAAAAGAUUGAUAUGAAUAUUUCGUAGUCAAAUAAUGUCAUAUAUUUGACAUUUAAUUAACAUUGUUAAAAUAUAUUUGUUGUAUAUAAUACAACACAUAUUCAUUUAGUAUUUUUAUUAUUU